CUCUCGGAGAGAGCGCACUCCGUGCAAUAAAAAAUACGCAAAGCGAGGCCGUACGACAGGAGCCUGAUACCCCAACAAUUGAUUCACAGAACGAGGAUGCUCCCGAGCUUAGUCUUCGUCGUUUUCUGGUCCGGCCCAAAAAAACAAGUUCGGAAUUAAUAGAAAGUAGUACAACUACACAACCAGAUAAAUCGUCUACUUCUUCCUCCCCAACCACACAGAGCCGUACGGUACCAAAUAGUACACGUAAAAAUUCUACUUGCUCCACAGUAACGGAAAAAAAUAGCGAGAAGAAGAGCUCUAUAGAUAGCGAGGCCGUACGGGUACAGAAUAUAGAGGAGAUAGAAUCUGUCUCACGCACGUCUAUUGGAGGGAUAGAAGCAAUCCCGAUAAAUGAAAUUUGGAAUGCAUCUAGUACUGCACAAACAGACUCUGACAAUGAUAAUUUGUUAGACGAAAUGGAAAAAACCUCGGAAUACAAUAGCGAUUCUGAGUCGUACGACAGCGACGAUUUGCCAAAUCCAAAUAUAGAUAGACAACGAAUUUGGCGAAAAUAUAAAUAUCUUAAUCGUGCUGACUGUCCUAAGAGCGAAUGCCUUUAUGCUUCGGAAAAGGUUCAACCAGAAGGAUGGAUUAUCCGACAAGAAUAUCCACAUUGUUAUAGAUAUUUCCAUAACUUAUAUGAAUUUGAAAGAUGGCACGAAUCAAUACCCGAAUACCAGCGUACAUUUCAUGAGGUUAUUCGAAUAGGACAACCACAAAAAAUUAAGAUUGAUAUGGAUGGCGAAUUGGAAAAAUUUGCAUCAUAUCCUGACCCUUUAGAUAGAAUAAAAAAGGCUUUUGGGCAAAAAUCAUUUGAUGGUUAUAUUGCUAAUACACGUCUUCAUACAUGGCAAAAAUCUACAGAUAUAAUGCGUAAGAAGGAUGAGAUUAGUUUGUAUAUCAACAAUGCUCUCCGAAUUUCCAUAAAAGAGAUAACUGGAUUGAAUCUCUCAAAGAAUGACAUUAUUAUAGCUGAUUCCUCGAAUGAAAUGAAAUGGAGUAAACACUUGAUAUUACCUAG